CCCGCCCUGUCAGUCGGGCGGAGCCGCUCAUUCGGGGAGUUGGCGGAGAGAGAGCGAGACGGUGUGAGUGGCAAGUUCAUUUAAGCAGCUGAACGGCCUGUAUUACUCAGCCCGUUGUGAGAAAGUAGAAAUGGCGGAACAGGAGCCAACCGCAGAACAGCUGGCUGCCAUUGCUGCUGAGAAUCUGGAUGAUGAAUCUACAGUGAGUUACAAGGCGCCAGCACAGAAGACUCUUCAGGAGAUUGAGGAACUGGACAAAGAUGAUGAGAGCCUCAGGAAGUACAAAGAGGUACUGCUGGGGAACCGUUCUACAAUUAUUGACCCAAAUGUUCCAAAUGUUCAAGUGAUUCGAUUAACACUGGUGUGUGCAACUGCGCCUCAGGCCUUAGUCUUGGAUUUAACAGGUGACCUUGAGAACUUUAAAAAGCAUCCUUUUGUACUGAAAGAGGGCGUGGAAUACAAGAUCAAAAUCAGCUUCAAGGUUAAUAAAGAAAUAGUCUCUGGGCUGAAAUAUGUUCAGACAACGACGAGGAAAGGAAUAAAAAUUGAUAAAUCUGAUUACAUGGUGGGGAGCUAUGGUCCGCGUGACACCGAAUACGAGUUCCUUACACCACAGGAAGAAGCACCCAAAGGAAUGAUGGCAAGAGGCAGCUAUGUUAUCAAAUCCCUUUUCACAGAUGAUGAUCAGCACAACCACCUCUCUUGGGAGUGGCAGCUCAAUAUCAAGAAGGAUUGGAAAGAUUAAUCAAUGCAAGACCAGCCGUAGUCCAUCCAAUUGAAACAAAAAAUACACCUCCUGUACCAAAGUUAUCUUUUUUGAAAAGGAACAAAAAAUGUGUUAGAUUUAUACUGCACAGCGAGAUCAUUGGCAAAAGAAAAUCAAACCCAUUUUUUUGUAAGACACAGGUCAGAGGCAUGGCUACAUGUUUCAUUCCCCAGUCUCAUUUUAAUUUGUUUUUGUUCUUCCAACAGCUGCCUUUUGUGGGGGGGAGAGGGGCUGCAGUUUUGAUUUAAGAGGAAGCAAUGAGUAAAUUAGACUCGGCUUGGUGUCUUGACGCAGUGGGGAUUUGACCACUUCUCGUCUAUUUCAUAAACACAGUGCUAAGUUUGGAAAUUUGAAUGAUCACAAUAAUGUUUCAACCAGGCAGAAGAAUAUAAUAUAAAUUGUUAGGGGCCGUUCUUUCAUGAAUAUAAAAAAAAAACCUGUAAUUUUUAUUCUGUGUAACCAUGUUGCCUUAUGUACGCUAAAAUUGUUUUUGGAAAUAAUGGCAGAAGAAAAAAAAAUCAUGGUACAAUUUCUUAAAGUCUUUUAUACCAGUAGCAUGGAUCCAGAACCCAUUUUAUCUGACUAGAUGCUUGUGGGUGUGAUAGCACUGCACUGGAGCUAGUCUGAUCAGUGCUGACAUCUCUGUGAAUGCACACCUAUUAAAAGUAGUAUUUCAAAUGUACAAAAUUGAGUAUUGAAGGCCUACAGUUCCUAAAGAGAGAUUUUUGUGUUGUUUCUUGGCAUAUUACAACAGAGGAAACCCUGUACAGGUUUGCAAGUAGCAGGUGCUAAAUGGACCUGCCUGAACACACAUUUCAGCAAUAGAUGAAGCGUCAGCCAAAAAGAUGAAGAAACGUUGCUUCAGAGUGUUGGAAAGGGAUGAUGGAACUCACAUUAUGCCUCUUUGUAUUUUGUGCCUCAUAUCAAUCUGUGUCAGUAUACCAAUCCUGGAUUCUGUGCUCCAUUGACCAGCUAAUUUUAGUUCAAUAGUUCGAUUUUUGAAUGUGGCUUAUUCAAGAAAUAGCGUUCUAGGCAGUCAGCAUGCAUCAUUGGAAAUCUGUAGCCAUUGAGGUUAGAACUGGGACCAAAUGUGAUUUUUACCUGUUUGUCUUGCCAUAUCCCUGCUCUUCCCCUUUUAAGAUAAUAGAUUUUUUUAUGUUCUCUUGUGACUCCUGUGUAGACUGGACAUUAACAGGUUAAAGAACAGUACCCUCAUUUUCACAACAAAUAUAAUAAAGUAUUCCGACUAAA